AUGGGGCCUGCCGGCGUUCGGGACCCGGUGGCCGGGCUGGCCGGCGAAGCCGUGGCCUGGCGGAGGGCCGUCUCUUGGAGUGGCUUCCUUGGGCUUGUCUGCAGGACCCCGGGCCUAUUUGCCAGCCAGCCCACCUGGGUGGCAGGUGGAGGGUCUGGUCUGGCCAUGAAGAUCAAGCAGGAGAAGCCAGAGCAGAUGCUACCCCCGCUCUCCGAGAAGGAUAAGGAGAACAUUUUCCAGCUUCACGGGGGCCUCCCACCAUGCCAGGCCCUGGGGAAGCCCGGAGUGCUGGGGGGCCAGGAGGAGCCUGGGGGGCCCAGGUGGAGCCUCCCCGCUGAGCAGGAAGGAGCACGGGCCAUCCGUGCUUCUGUGGCCGCCCUCCCUGCUGGUGAGGGUCACUUUGUGUGUCUGGACUGCGGGAAGCGCUUUAGCUGGUGGUCCUCCCUGAAGAUCCACCAGCGCACCCACACCGGGGAGAAGCCCUACCUGUGCGCCAGGUGCGGCAAGCGCUUCAGCCAGAAGCCCAACCUGGCCCGCCACCAGCGCCACCACACGGGCGAGCGCCCCUUCUGCUGCCCCCAGUGCCCGCGGCGCUUCAGCCAGAAGCAGCACCUGCUCAAGCACCAGAAGACGCACGCAAGGCCGGCCGGCCACACCUGCCCCCAGUGCCAGCGCUGCUUCCGCCACCAGGUGGGCCUCCGCAUCCACCAGCGCGCCCACUCCCGGGACCGACAGGUGUCCAGGGAUCCGGCCCCCCGCAGGGGCUGUCACACUCGCCUCCCGGGCGGCCGCCCCGAGUGGGCUUGGUUGGGACUGUGUCAGGGUGGGUGGCACCAGCCUGGAUCCGGGUCCACCGGUUCCGCCGCCGUCGCCUCGGACCAGCAACAUCCUUUUAUCUGCAACGAGUGCGGCAAGAGCUUCUCGUGGUGGUCCUCGCUGAACAUCCACCAGCGCACCCACACGGGCGAGCGGCCCUACGCUUGUCCCGAGUGCGGCCGCCGCUUCAGCCAGAAGCCCAACCUGACCCGCCACCUGCGGAACCAUACCGGCGAGCGGCCGCACCCCUGCCUGCGCUGCGGACGGAGCUUCAGGCAGAAGCAGCACCUUGUCAAGCACCAGCGCACGCACCUGCAGGGCACCCAGGGCGGACGGCUUCUGGGUGCCGAGGACAAACAUCUGCAGGGCGCCCAGGGCGGACGACUUCUGGGUGCCCAGGACAAACAUCUGCAGGGCGCCCAGGGCGGACGACUUCUGGGUGCCCAGCGCUCGCACCUGCAGGGCGCCCAGGCCACACGCUGCGCCCUGCGCAGACAGAGCUGCCCCAGCCGGGCCACCCUGCGCACCCACCAGCAUGCACACGCCUCCGCCUCCGCCUCGCCCCUGCGCCCCGAGCCUCCCCGGGAGCCAUCGGCCGAGGGUCCCCCUGGCCUGGCCACCCAGCACUCAUCACCCCGGGUCCCCGGCCCCGGGGAUGUGCGGUGGGGCCGCGCGGUGAGUGCAGGGCUGGGCGGGCAAGGCCAGUUCAUCUGCAAUGAGUGCGGCAAGAGCUUCUCAUGGUGGUCGGCGCUCACCAUCCACCAGCGCACCCACACGGGCGAGCGGCCCUACGCCUGCCCCGAGUGCGGCCGGCGCUUCAGCCAGAAGCCCAACCUGACCCGCCACCAGCGCAACCACACCGGCGAGCGGCCCUACCUGUGCGCGCACUGCGGCCGCGGCUUCAGCCAGAAGCAGCACCUAGUCAAGCACCAGCGCACGCACCGCGGGGUGCAGCUGGGUGCCAAGGACCAGGCGCUCUAGCCGGCCAUGUGGAGGGCAGACACGGACGCCUCCCGGGUACACAGCCGGAGCCCAUUGUCAGGGCCCUGAGAUUAGCCGCGUCUCACUCAGGGCAGAGAGAGAGCAUAACCCAGCAGUCGCCAGGU